UUAACAAUAGAGUUACCAGUUUAUAAAUUUCGAUCAUUGUUUUUCUGCGUAAGAGCAUACUCCAACGUUGGGCGAAUGUUCAUUGCAUCAAAAGCGUUUACACAGACCAAUGAACCAAUCAGCGAUGUUGUCUAUGAUUUCGACAUAACAAGAGAAUCGUGGAUUACAGUUAAAAAGUUGCUCGAAAGCUACAAUCUCGGAAGUCGGUUUUCCUUCCUUCAUGAUGAGGAAGUAACAUUUGGACACUCCAAUUCAACAAUUGUCGGCGCCAUUUCUUAUGGAAAUAAAAGAUCCAUUAACUGGUAUCUUAUGACGGAAAAGCGAAUGCCAAAGUCUGAAUGUACACUUGAUAUAUCGUGUGUUGCGACAGAGACGAAUAAUGAUAACUAUGUGCUCUUUAGCAAGGAGGUUAUUCACGAAAACACAUAUUACUUCAUUUGUGCAAACGUGGAAAGAAUUAACGUAACGUUUGAAUAUUCUGUAGAAUAUUUGCAACCAAUAAGCACAUGUAGCAACGGGUUUGUUAUUGACACAAUUCCACCAUCCACAGGAUGUGUACUUGUCACAAGUUCCAGUGGAUACAUAACUGGCAACGUAGUAGAUCUUUCUUGGAAUGGAUUCAAGGAUAAUGUUGACGCUAAGUAUUUUGGAUACCCAUCAGAUAUUCCGUCUUAUGCUUAUCAAAUAGGGACUAGAAAAGGCACUGGAGACAUACAACCUUUUAGGGAAGCUGGAAUGUAUGAACACAUUUCGUACAAAUUGAACGACAAGUGUCAAGAUGGAAUGGCAUUGUUUUUUACAGUUAAAGCGUUUGAUAAUUCUGGACUUUCAUCUCUAUCAACAUCUGAGGAGGUUAUAAUUGAUAGAUCGCCACCUUCCGUUGGAAGAGUCAUUAUAGAGCGAGAUGACAGACCUAUUGUGUAUGUUACAUCCGAUUUGUUUAAUGCGAUUGUUCAUGGAUUCGAAGAUGUUCACAGCGGCAUCAAGAACUUUGAAAUCAGCAUCGGUUCCAAAUCUGACAUUGAAGAUAUUGCACAGAAUAUCGUGUUUCAAAACCAUGCUGUCAACAUUGACGGAACUAGUCUGUUUAUUGAUGGUCAUGUGUACUUUCUUUUUGCUAAAGCUGUCAAUAGGGCCGGAUUACAAUCAUUACCAGCGGUUGCAACAUUUGUCGUCGAUCGAACACCACCCGAAGGCGGGUACGUUUUUGAUGGCCACUGGAAUCAAUCAACUGACGUCGACUUCCAAAUAAAUAUGCACAAGCUUAAUUGUCAUUGGACUGGAUUCGCCGACAUUCAAUCGAGCAUAAGUCACUACAUGGUUGGCCUUGGUACACAUCUUGGAGACGACGAUGUUGAACCAAUGUUGCAUGUCGGUCUGCAAAACGAUCACAGCUGGAAUUCGUCCUUCAGCGCUGGCCAAAUAUACUACUGUUCUGUGACGGUUUGUAAUAAGGCUGGACUCUGUAUAUCAAAAGCUUCCGAUGGAAUACUGCUUGAUAACUCACCACCUAUUGCUGGCGUUGUUAGAAUGGACAAUUUUCGUUAA